CCUACCCAGCCUACCCAGCCGCGAUCCACGACGACCCGAUCAAUCCCACUACCACGAAGCUUCCAUACCACCGCCAAUCGACAAGUUCCUGCCUUCAGAUCAUCGACGCUCGAAGUCCCGCACUGCUUCGCUGAAUUUCCACCCCUCACAUAAUUAAUUUGCAGCAUCCCCCUCGACGGGGCUCUCGACGCCGAAUCUCUCUGUCUUUCAAGGACCCGACACCCCGUCCGAAACAAGCACCACCGAGACACACGACACACAAACACGCACGCACACACAUACACCACCCACAUCCCCCUCCCCAACAGCCAAGAUGCCGACCGCCGGGCUCAAGACCAUCAUUGCCCUUUCCUUCGUCCUCGCCGUCGGGUUCCUUCUCGUCAUCCUGUCGUGCGCCCUCUGGAAGGUCUACUACCCGCUCCUCGUCGUCGCCACCUACGUGCUGGCCCCGAUCCCCAACUGGAUCUGCUCGCGGUGCGCCAACCCGGAUGACUUCGUCGAGGGCUCCGGCGCCGCCGUGCUGGACCUCGGCCGCUUCUGCACCGGCUUCUUGGUGGUCAUGGGAAUCGCCCUCCCCGUCGUCCUCGCCCACUCCAACCUCAUCCAGAUCGAGGCCAUGGUCAUGUCGAUAAUCGGCGGUCUUCUCAUCUACGGAACCAUCAUCAGCUUCGGCAUGUUUUUUCAGGAGGAGCAGGAGUUCUAACUGAGAGCGUGAGAGAGAGAGAGAGAGAGAGAGAGAGAUAGGACACGACGACCCAGAAGGCAUGAAACCCCGCCAGCCUCCAAACGAGUAGAGGAGUGGCAGCGGCUGCUACAACAGCGAGGUCAGACGGAGAUUACGCAUUUCAUCCAAGAUUGGCGGCGGGCCUGUACAAUACGACAACGGUGUCGGAAUAACGAAGGCGCUCUCGGGUCUGGGAAUCCGGCGUGGGAAAGAAGUGUUUGGAUCGCUUUGGGCUUCAUAUUUUACAUCCAGCAUCAUGCCGUCAGACGGAGCGUUUCACUCUUUCGCUUUGAUACGCAAGGAAGAAAGAAACACUUAAUUUUGAUGACAUUGUGGGGAAUUCGAUCCCAAAGUCAUUUUGUC